UUCUUUGACGAUGAGCGGCACAAAAGGGAGUCUUCUUGAGAGAGGAACGAAGGUUGUCACGUGCUCUGUCAAAGUGUUAAGGUCAAUAAAAUCGUGGGUUUUGAAUUCCUCCCAUUCCUGAUGGAUUUCCUUGCAGCGCUGGCAUGCAAACCCACAAGUACAACAAAAGCCAACUGCCUCACGUUUUGUGCACUUGUUGCACAUUGUUUGUUCGCUGGAGCUCACUUUCUCGAGGGCAUCUUGGAUGUCGAAGAGGUAGUGAAUGUAGAAGGCUCCUUGGAGCCCCGGGACUCCACCCACUGGCAGUGGAGUGUCCUGGCGACAUUGUGGACAUGGGAGACUCUGUCUCUCUCGUCCCCCGCGUACCAGACGUUGCAGGCACUCCUCACAAUACACGUGGAAGCACUUGAGCAGCCUUGGCUGUUUGUAGGGCUCCAGACAUAUCCCACAGGUGACCUGGUCCUGGAUCUUCUGGAGAGCUUUCUCGGCAGCAGUGGAGGGUUUGGCAGCCAUGGCUCUGUCAGUAGUGCAGCAGACAAGCUAGAGAGAGGGUCUAGUGAAGACUGAGGCAAGCAAGCUCCUCAAGAAAGAAGCAAGCAAAGGCGGUGGGCUAACUCCAAGAAAUGGGUGAAACUGAGGCUGACAGGAAAC